AUGAGUGACUCUCAGGACGCCUCUGAAGGAAUAUUCGACAACAUCCUCAAACCAGGAUCCUCUCUCAAUCCUACGUUUCUUGCCAUACUUGAUGCAGUCUUCCUUCUUCUUUUCUUGGUUUUUGUCGCGCUGGCAUUCGUGACCUCUGGGAACUUUCAUAUCUUUGCACUCAUGACUAUCGAGCUGGGUUUGUGGGCAAGUGUAAAAUGGUUCGUUGAAGAGUUCAAAAAGAGCAGAACGGAAGAGGUGGGGGACAAUGACCAAAGGAAAGAGGAAUAG